AUGACCGACCCGCUUUCGAUCGCGACCGGUGUGGCAGGAGUGAUCCAGCUUGCAGGGCUUGUGAUCGGACAGUGUUAUCGUUAUGGAUGCGGAGUUUCCAGCGCCCCAGAUGAGGCAAGACGACUGGUUGCUGAAGUCACCAGCGUCAGCGGUGUUUUGGUAGGUGUUCAGGGUGCAGUCAAGCAUGGUGAUCCAUCUGGCUAUCAAUUCGACGGCCUCCUGCAAGAGUUACGAUCGCUACUGCAGAAGUUGUCGACGAAGUUGCAGAAGGACUCGCCGGAUGCUGGACUAUCUAAGGGAAGAAGGACACUCAAUCGCCUUCUUUGGCCACUGCGGAAGGGAGAGACUGAAGAAUUGGUCUCCGCCCUCGAGAGGCACAAGAACUCGUUUUCACUGGGUUUGAAUAGCAUUUCGGUAGAUAUGUUGAUCGACCACACUACCUUACUCGAUAACAUUGCGGACUCAGUGUCCGAUUUGAGCGCGGAUUUCAGAACUAACCAGGCACUCCAAGAACGACGGGAAAUCUUAGACUGGCUAUCAGACCAUCAAUACGAUGCCCAAUACCGACGAGGAUGUCAGCUGCACUGCUUGGACACUUGCACAUGGCUACUCCACGAACCGGAGUUCCAAUCCUGGAUGCAGAAACGUUCUUCGUUGCUUUGGAUGCAUGGCCAAGCCGGAUCUGGCAAAACAGUCGCGACAAGUUAUAUUAUAAAUCAUUUGAGUAUUCAAUCUGACAUGCAAGCAGUUAGGCUGGCAUAUUUUUACUAUGAUGCAAGUACGAUCGAGAGUCUUACACCACAGACAUUUUUUGGAACGAUUGUUAAGCAAUUUUGUGCUGGGCCAGGCGAAAUACCAAACGAUAUAUCAGACGCAUACCAGCGUGCGGUAGGCCGAGCGGGCACACCGAAGCAGCCUGAAUCGAAAGAACUCGAGCGAUUUCUGAAACUCUUUUUGGAAGACCAGUCGCCUAGUAUUAUUGUUAUCGACGGGCUAGACGAAUCCCCGGAUUAUGGUAUUGUGUGCGACUUCCUCACGGAUUGCAUCUCAUCAGGCAAGUACCCACUGCGGGUGUUCAUCAGCAGUCGGCCUGAAGUGGACUUACAGCGACGACUGGAGCCUUUCCAAGAAAUUCCCGUGCCGGAGGAUGCCAUCGAGAAUGACAUUGGAGCCUACAUUAAGAUGAGAAUUGAUUCUGAUGCUCGGCUAACGAGGAUGAGUCCUAAAAUGAAGGUUUAUGUUGAACAGACUCUGCGGAAGGAUUCGCAUGCGAUGUUUCGAUGGGUGCAGUGUCAACUGGAUGCGAUAUCGUCUCUCCGAACUGACGCAGCUGUUAAGAAGGCACUAAAGUCUCUACCCUCGAGUCUCGAAGGCUCAUACAGCCGAAUCUUACAGAAUAUCGACUUGGCGGACGUUGACUUUGCGCGACGAACACUACUCUGGCUUGCAUAUGCUGUUAAUCCUCUGACAUUACCAGAACUGUCGCAAGCUGUUGUUCUCGACUCCAACUUCGAUUGGCUUGAUCCGGACGCAACUUUGAACGACCCAAAAGACGUCCUCGAAAUAUGCGGUAGUUUGGUCUCAUUUAACACGGUAUCCGAGACUGCUCGAAUAGCACAUCACUCAGUCCGCGAAUACCUCACUGAUCGGCUCAGUCCGACAUCCGAGUUUUCAAUUCCUGCUGCGACAUCCCACAAAUAUAUUGCCGAAGUGUGCAUAUCUUAUCUCCUUUUGGAAGAUUUCGAAUCUGGGCCACUGAUACUGGGAGAGCUGAAAUGGACUCUCGAAAAUUAUCCCCUACUUCGAUAUGCGGCUCAGAAUUGGCCUUUCCACGUGCAGCUAUCUGGUGCUGAGAAAGAGCUUCAGCCCCUGAUACUUCGUCUCAUGACACCACAGCCAAACGAGAAUUUCCUAUUCUGGCUGCAGGUAGUUUUGUUCGAUUCGAAGCACGGCUACAUACCUCCCAAGUCUGAACUCACAAGCGCUCGUGCACUCUACUACGCCACAAGCUACGGACUGAUUGAGACGGUGCGAAGCCUAAUCGCCAUGGGCGCAAAUCUCGAUGAGCGUGCAGGCCGCUUCGGCGGAGCUGCUCUACAUGCUGCAGUCUGGAGAAGGAGGCCAGGGAUCUUACGCAUGCUCAUCGAUGCAGGCGCAGAUGUCAAGUUACGCGACUACAACGGAUCCACGGCGCCAGAUUUGGCACUUUGGGGUGGAAGCACCGAUUUGUUUGACAUGUUUGUUGAUAAGUUGAAUAUGGACACUGGUCUGGCACGUCUGAUGCAAAAGGUGCUGACUAAACGAUCGAAAGCGUUGUCGCUAACCGCGGAGGAAUGGCAUAUAGCACAAAAGUUUCAGGAUCAGGACCGUGACGAAGACCAGCAAGGGGAGUUAAUGAAGGUCGUCAACCGGAUCUAUAAGGGUGCUGUUGAGAAUGUCGCCGUGGCGUCUACGGGGCAAGCGGUGCAAUCAACCGUUCCUCGGACCAAUAUUGCUGAUGCGAGAGUUGUGGGUGAAGGACAGCGGUUUGAGCUGGAUUGA